AUGACUCAUUUGGCACCAAUGGUGAGAAUAGGAACACUGCCUACUCGUCUGUUGGCACUGAAAUAUGGUGCUGAUAUUGUCUAUUCUGAGGAGUUGAUUGAUCACAAGAUGCUUCAGUGCAGAAAGACCAUAUUGAAUACUGUUGAUUUUAUGUUGAGCGAUGGUAAAUGUGUCUUUAGGACUUGUUCCGCUGAAAGAGAUAAAGUUGUCUUUCAAAUGGGUACAACUGAUCCUCAAAGAGCAUUACAAGUUGCUAAAUUAGUAGAAGGUGAUGUGGCUGGUAUUGAUAUCAACAUGGGGUGUCCAAAAGAGUUUUCACUGAAGGGUGGUAUGGGAGCGGCUUUACUGACACCUGAUAAAGUCCGUGAGAUAUUGACUACAUUAGUGCAGGGACUUGACAAACCUGUCACCUGUAAAAUUAGAAUUCUACCCUCCCUAGAACAGACUCUUGAGUUAGUAAUUAUAGAGAGUACUGGUGUAGCUGCCAUUGGAGUACAUGGGAGGGAUAAGAAUGAACGCUCUCAAAAUCCCGUUCACAUCGAUAUUAUACGAAAUAUAGCAUCUGUUUUGAGUAUCCCAGUUAUUGCUAAUGGUGGAUCAAAUGAUAUUACAACUUAUGAUGAUAUAUUAACAUUUAAAAAGGACACAAAUUGUUCAUCAGUAAUGAUAGCAAGAGCUGCUCAAUGGAAUCCAUCUAUAUUCAGAGUGUCUGGUCCUCUUCCAGUUAAUGAAGUUGCUCAGGAAUAUGUAAAGACUGCCAUCGAUUAUGAUAACUCUAGUGGUAAUACUAAAUAUUGUCUAGCUCAGAUUAUGCACAAGAACAUUGAGACUUCUGAAGGAAGGAAACUAAUGGCUGCUCGUACUAUGGAGGAAAUAUGGAACUUGAUACAACGUAGUAAAGAUAGACUGUUCAAAUCAACUGUAACAUUAGCGGACAAAUUAUAUUCAUCAAGUGUUUGGUAA